AGCUCAAGUCUAUUAUCGGUGGCGAAAUCGUGACGUCUUUCCCCCAUCUCUCCCUCGUCUUCAUCGAAACUCCAAUCCAAUUCUUUAAUCUUCGACCUAAUUAUUAACAGGUAUUAUCACUGAUUCUUCUUUCUUCGAUCUUCGACCUAAAAUUUAUCUUCCUGGUUGACUUCGCUAUGCAAUUGGCUACCAUGGCAUCUUCUUUUGAUUCAUGGGCGAAGGAAUUUAAUGAAGCUACUAAGCUUGCUGAAGAAAUUGAAGCUAUGAUUGCUGAGAAGAUUUCUUCAACCUCAGCUGGACCUGAUGCACAGCGCAGUACAUCUGCAGUCCGGAGGAAGAUUACAAUUUUGGGGACCAGACUUGAUAGUUUGCAGUUGCUAUUGUCAAACCUUCCAGCUAGGCAGCCAAUAUCAGAGAAAGAGAAGAAUAAACGCGAAGACAUGAUUUCAAAUUUGAGAUCUAAAGUUGAUGAGAUGACCUCUACUCUGAACAUGUCCAACGCCAAUAGGGAGAACUUACUUGGAGAAGAUGCAAAGCCAGCAGACCUGAUGACUAGAACAGCAGGGUUGGACAACCAUGGGCUUAUUGGACUACAGAGACAAGUUAUAAGAGAGCAAGAUGAGGGGCUAGACAAAUUGCAUGACACGGUAUUAAGUACGAAACAUAUUGCAUUGGCAGUUAACGAGGAACUUGAUCUUCACACGAGGCUCAUUGAUACUUUGGACGAACAUGUGGAAUCAGUUGACUCUCGUCUACAGCGAGUUCAAAAGAGGGUGGCGAUUUUAAACCGGCGUACUAGGGGUGCUUGCUCCUGCAUGUCCCUACUUGUAUCAGUAAUGGGUAUUGUGUUUUUAGCUGUUGUUGCUUGGUUGCUGAUUAGAUACUUGUAAAUUGUCAUAUCUAUAAAUGCUACUAGCGACAUCCACCUUUCCAGCUCUGAUCCAUAUGUCCAUCUUUAUGUUAGUCGUCUUUGGUAGUGGCUUUGUAUUCCCCCUUGUUUAUACAUGCAACAGUUACCUUAUGUGGAGGCAAGCGUAAAUGAUGAAAAUGUAGAAUUUUGCUAUCUCCGACGUCCAAUCUUCCAGUCUUAUCGUGUGGCAAAACUGAACACCCGGUCAUUUGUUUUUA